AUGUCUACAUUCAAACUAAUUGACGUGCAUGCAAAUCUUACUAAUAAUAAGUACUCAGGUUGUUAUGGAAAUACUCCAACUAAGAUUCACAAACCAGAUUUACAACAAGUUUUAGAAAGAAGUUGGGAAGCGGGUUUGCAGAAAAUAAUAAUCUGUGCUAUGGAUUUAGCUGAAAGUAAAAAAGCCCUUAAAAUAGCAAAAAGUGAUAGCAGAUUGUUUACUACGGUUGGAUGUGCGCCUACAAGCUGUUUACAAUUUGAAGAACAUGGUGAACCUGAUUUAUAUCUCCAACAAUUAAAAGAUGUAAUUACCUUAGGAAAAGAAAAAGUUGUUGCUGUUGGAGAAUGUGGCCUUAAUUGUGACAUGUACUACUAUUACCCAAUAAAACUUCAAUUGAAAUACUUUGAAGUUCAAGUACAAUUAAGUCAAUUGUUCAAUUUACCUUUAAUAAUUUAUUCUCAGGGAGACAGCGCACCUAAAAUGCUGCUCGACAUCAUACGUAAAUAUCCAGGAAUAAAAGGUGUUAUACAUUUCUUCGAUUCUACUGUAGAACUGACGAGAAAAUUUAUAGAUGAAGGAUUUUAUAUCGGAUUGGAUACAUGGUCUUUCAGAUCAGAACAGACGAUCGAAAUUGUUAAAAGAAUACCUGUGGAUAAAAUGUUAUUUCAAACAAAUUGUCCAGAUAGGAUAAUACAUCGUUCCUUCCCUGCCUAUUGGCAUGUUUCUAGAGAGAACUUGGAGUUGUUGACAACAAAUAAACGAAAGUGGAGACCCGAUUUUAUGGUAACUGGAAGAAGCGAACCGUGUAAUAUAAGGCAGAUACUGGAUAUGGCGACUUUCGUUACCAACAGGAAUAAAAACGAUUUAGCAGAUCAAGUUUACUGCAACACAACUCAUUUAACAAUGUCUACAUUAAAAUUCAUAGACAUAAAAGCAAAUUUAACUAAUAGUCAAUUCUCUGGUGCCUACAAAUGUUGUUUUAGACAUCCUCCAACUCAGAUUCAUAAGCCAGAUGUAAAACAUGUAUUGGAAAGAAGUUGGGAUGCUGGUUUGCAGAAAAUAAUAAUCUGUGCUCUAGAUUUAGCUGAGAGUAAAAAAGCCCUAAGAAUAGCAAAAAGUGAUAAUAGAUUGUUUACUACAGUUGGAUGUGCGCCUACAAGGUGUUUACAAUUUGAAGAAAAUGGUGAACCUGAUUUAUAUCUUCAACAGCUAAAAGAUAUAAUUGCUUUAGGAAAAGAAAAAGUUAUUGCUGUUGGAGAGUGUGGCCUUAAUUGUGACAUGUAUUACUAUAACCCAAUAAAUCUUCAAUUGAAAUACUUUGAAGUUCAAGUACAAUUAAGUCAAUUAUUUAAUUUACCUUUAAUAAUUUAUUCUCAGGGAGACAGCGCGCCUAAAAUGCUGCUCGAUAUCAUACGUAAAUAUCAAGGAAUAAAAGGUGUUAUACAUUGCUUCAAUUUUACUAUAGAACUGAUGAGAAAAUUUAUAGAUGAAGGAUUUUAUAUCGGAUUAGAUACAUGGUCUUUCAGAUCAGAACAGACAAUCGAAAUUGUUAAAAGAAUACCUGUGGAUAAAAUUUUAUUUCAAACAAAUUGUCCUGAUAGGGUAAUAUGUCGCACCUUUCCCGUCUAUUGGCAUGUUUCUAGAGAGAACUUAGAGUUGUUGACAACAAAGAAACGAAAGUGGAGACCCGAUUUUAUGGUAACUGGAAGAAGCGAACCGUGUAAUAUAAGGCAGAUACUGGAUAUGGCGGCUUUCGUUACCAACAGGAACAAAAACGAUUUAGCAGAACAAGUUUACAGCAACACAACUCAUUUGUUCAAUUUUGAGGAAAAUACUUAA